GUAAUCACUGAAUAUGCUGUCGAUAUACGCCAACGUUGCAACUGUAUCUAUAUUUUUUGCGUGGUUCCAGUUUAUUGGAAAGUCAUUGUCAAUUCGACUAUGCAAAAAAUAUAUUCCAUCUCACCUUGAACGAUUAUCUGAUGAAGACAAAAAGACAUUAGCCAACAAAAUGAUGUCUUCAUUUUACUCCACUGUUGUGGUUAUCAGCGUGUCGGCUAUUCUUGUUCUAAAUUGGCAACGUAUACGCAAUGAUCCCUAUUGGGCUGACACCUUUGUCCGCGAACCGUACUGCUGCAUGACUUUAGCUUAUUUUUUAUCAGACAUGAUCAACGAUCUGCGAGGGAAACGAAAUUCCAAUACCAUUUUUUAUUUCAUUCAUCAUUCCAUGUGUCUGUCAACCAUUUCAAUAGUUAUAUACUACAGAGUCUUCCUUUUCCACAUAUGUAUGAGAGGCUUGAAUGAACUUUCUACGCCUGUCCUGAAUCUCAGGUGGGCUUUGAAGAAAUUCGGCAUGAAAAAAAAGAGAAUUUAUGCUAUGACAGAAGCUGCGUUUGUCGUGACAUACUUCUUAGGUCGUAUUGUUACUAUGCCAGUAUUCUACUAUACUAUCCUUAUAACGAAAGAUACUGAGGGAUAUCAGAGGCUGAAUACACUAUGCAAAGUGAUAUUCUUUGGAUCAGCAGUUGUUAUAGACACACUCAUCAUAUACUGGUUCCUUCUGAUCUGCAAAAUGGUAUUUAACAAUGUCAAAGAACGUACUCAGCAGAUAAAAGGAAAAGAAGAAUAGCAAUGCGAUUUUGAAUGAUUUUUAAAUUGAAUUCAAUAAUUAUUUUGGAAAUUAAAAUAUAUUUAUCUUAA